ACCGCAGAGUAUACGCAACUGCAAUUGACUUUCCUAGCAUUAUAACCUUGCAUUAAACUGUGUAAUUAUCCGCUGCACUGUAAACAAAAUUGUACCCUCUUUUCUAUACCUGAGUAUACAUACUUCUAAUUUCAGAGUGUUUAAAGCAAUGAGAUGGCAACGUCGGUUUGUAAACAGAAUUGAAAUAGAUCAGGAUAGUAUUGAAGAUGGUGUUAUACCAAUAAAUACAGUGAGUGCUAGAAUAGAAGAGGCUCAUGCUAGACUUCAUACAUCAACACCUGAUCAGGAUCCUACUGUUUACAAUCUGAAGCGUCAAGUGUUACUACAGCGUCGUGUUUGUAUAUUUAUAUGUACUGUACUCCCGUUGGUUACUGGGAUAGCUACACUUAUCAGGCUGCUAGCAACAGGUGUAAUCACAUUUAAAGGAAGCACAGGUUGUUCCCAUGGGUGGCAUAAUUUUUCUACAAACUGUUACAGUUUACAAUAUCCAAGAGUCACUUUUCAGACUGCUCGGAAUUUUUGUAAAAAGCAGAAUUCUGAUUUCCCCCUGUACAGAUCUCAGAAAGAUCUAGAUUAUUUAAUAACUCUCAUUCCUCCCCCAUUCUGGAUUGGAACCAAUGAACAUAUAGAACAUUUAAAAAGAAAGGGUGGGGGAGAAGAAAAUGGGUUGAAUUUUUCCAAUGCUAGAUCAGCUCAUGAGUUUAAUAACAGUUUUGCUUGUUUUGAUGUUUCCAUCCUCUAUACAAUACAGACUGUUGACUGUCUUUCAAAACGUCCCUUUAUAUGCAGCAGACCUAGAGAACCCAGAAGAUAACCUUGCAGUGAAAUUAUGUUGCUUUUUAGUUCUUCCGUAGAAUAUUCUUCUAAAAUUAGUUUAAAUUGAGUAAGAUUGGGUGUCUUGUAAAGGUAAAUCUUUGAUUUUAAAGGGACAGUAAAGGAAAAAUGAAAGGGGGUAUAGGCUGAAAGUU